UGGGCAGCCGCCCCCUCCCUCCCUCCCUCCUCCAGGUGGAGCAAGGAAAGGGCUGCGGGGCAGGGACUCCCCUGCCUGGCCCUGAGCCUCGGGUCGCGUCACUCGGAGUACUCAGGGGAGGCCCCCAGCCCCAGCCCCCUUUGUCGGUUCCUCCUGGGUCCUCGCCCUCUGGGCAGCCUCCGGAGCGCUUGGCUGUGCCGGGCCCUCGCUCUGCGCCUCGAGAGCAUCGCAGCUCCUGAGCUUGCAACCAUGGCGGAGCUAGCCGGGCCGAAGCGCAUCUUGGUGACUGGUGGCACGGGGCUCGUGGGAAGAGCCAUCGAGAAGGUGGUGGCGGACGGAGGAGGGCGGCCAGGCGAGGCGUGGAUCUUCGUCUCCUCCAAGGACGCCAACUUAACGAAUGCUGCGGAGACCAAAGCCCUCUUUGAGAAGCACAAGCCCACCCAUGUCAUCCACCUGGCCGCCAUGGUGGGCGGGCUCUUCAAGAACCUCAAGUACAACCUGGAUUUCUGGCGGAAGAACGUACAUAUCAAUGACAAUGUCCUGCAUUCUGCCUAUGAGUCUGGAGUUCAGAAAGUGGUCUCCUGCCUCUCCACUUGCAUAUUCCCAGACAAGACCACGUACCCUAUUGACGAGACCAUGAUCCACAAUGGCCCCCCUCACAACUCCAACUUUGGGUAUUCUUAUGCAAAGAGGAUGAUCGAUGUUCAGAACAGGGGGUACUUUGAACAGCACGGGUGCCGCUUCACUGCGGUCAUCCCCACCAACGUCUUUGGGCCGCACGAUAACUACAACAUUGAGGAUGGGCAUGUUCUGCCAGGCCUCAUCCACAAGGCGUUCUUGGCAAAGCAAAACGGCACGGCCCUGACGGUUUGGGGGACAGGCAAGCCCAGGAGGCAGUUCAUUUACUCUCUGGACUUGGCGCGGCUCUUUCUCUGGGUCUUGAGAGAGUAUGACGAAGUGGAACCCAUUAUCUUGUCUGUUGGAGAAGAGGAUGAGGUCUCCAUCCGGGAAGCAGCCGAAUGCAUCGUGGAAGCCAUGGAGUUCAAGGGAAAGCUCCUUUUUGACACAACAAAGUCUGAUGGACAGUUCAAGAAAACAGCCAGCAACAGCAAGCUGAAGAAAUACCUGCCGGAUUUUGAGUUCACGCCAUUCAGCCGAGCUGUGAAGGAAACCUGCGACUGGUUCUGCACGAACUAUGGCACUGCCAGGAAAUGAGGAGAGGGAUGGGAGCAGUCCAGUAAUCGAGGCCAUUGCUGCUGCCCUCAGUGUUGUACCAAACUUGGGUCUUCCUUUUGGUCUGGAGCAAAGAAUGAGAAUAAAAGGGGAAUUGGGGGCUCGGUGGUAGAGAAUAAGCUGUAGUUUUUCUGACGCACGAGUGGGAGGUGGCUGGUCUUUUAAAAAAAAAAAUUGGUGGUACCUGUGCAUUUAUAGAGGGCUAUGCAGCAGCAGCAGCAUUUGCAGGUUUUUGGGGUGGUGGUGCUAAAGCUUUCUUCUUAGAAGCAGACUGAGCUCUUUAAGGCCCCCAACAGUCUUUAAAUCUUUGGAAAUGGGGUGGUAGAUGCUCAGUGCAACAGCCUUUCCUUAGCUCAGUUUAACUAUCCGGCCCAGAACCAUUCAGUUAUCCUAUUUCAUGUCAGCGCCCCUCUUCUGGGAGCAUUUUGUUACGUUCGUUAUAAAGCAAACUGUGUUACUUUGCCAAGUCACCUUCCAAACUAGAGUUGCCCAUGAGCAAAAGGUGGUGUGGUUUUUUAAUGAACUGUUGGGGGGGGGUGUAUUUUCAAAGACACAGCAAGGCUCACGUCCCACCAUUCUGACAGGUCCUUCUAAUCCAAACCUCUACUUGAAGAGACUCAGGGCUGUUACAGAAAUCUUGAAUGUAUAGCACAUGCUUUGAAUGGAGAAGGUCUCGGCUUCACUCUCCAGUUAAAAGAAUCUAAUUUAUGAAGCUGCUUUACAGGUUUGUAGUCUUGCAGAUAUUUUGUUUGCUGCAUUUGCCUUCUGUGAAUUUUGUAAUUGAUUGGUUAAAGAAGCCUGACCACUCAUAACCGUAAAGGAAAAAUCAAGGUUAGCCCAGACUGGUUCUCAGACUUGGGUCCCUAGAUGCUGCUGGUGUGACUACAGCUCCCAUCAUCCAAAAUGUCAUUGUGGAUGGGGAUCAUGGGAGCUAUAGUCCAACAGUAUCUGGGGAUCCAAUCUGUGUUCGAAGAAACCGAUUCAGUUGUGCAGGGCUUUGUGGGUCGUUGGAAGCUGGCUUGACUGUGUUAGGAAACCAAGAGCAUUAGUUCAAGGUAAGAGGCUAGUACAGGAACCAUGGAGAAAGCCUCCUCUCUGUACCUGUAUAAACGUUGUCUGCAGCUUGUCUCACUUUAUUUCACAACUGUUGCUGAGCCAAGACAUCACUAAUCAAACUUUUCAAUAAAUCAAAGUAAUUUUUCACUU